AACAUAUUCACUGACGAGGAAAAUCGUACUGAAUUGAUAUUUACUCUGGAUUUGACAAUUGGAAAAAUGGAUUAUACUUUACCUGGAAUUGAUUAUACUUACGAAAACUACUAAUUGGAAUACUUACGAAAGACAAUAUAUUAAGAAUUUAAAUUUGAAGAAAAGAAAUACGUAAGACUAGGCAGUAUGGUCGUAAGACUAUAGCCUGUCCUCUAAGGACGAAGGAAAGAAAAAAUUCUCUAUGGUAUGUUGUUUUCUGCUCUUGGAGACUAAAAUCUUGCCGAUUCAAAAGUUUAUCAGCAUCUUUAACUUUUUAUAUGUUAUAAGAUAUUUCAAAAUGGACCUCAUAGAAUCAAUAAAAAAGGACAAAGCGUACCUCAAGUGUAAACUGAUUGUGAAAACCUGGGAAAAUGAAUUCAAGACAAUGUAUUCUCGUACACCUUCGAAAUUUGACAUAAAAGAAGCUCCUUCGAAAAUCAAAUAUGCGUAUAAAAAAUACUUUCAGUUAAAAAGUACCGCUUUAGAAAAUUCCCUUUCUGUGUGUGAUAUUGACGAAAACAUAGAUAUGUCUCUCGAGCCUAUUUCUAAUGACACAUUGAAAUCAGUCCCCACAACUCCAGAAAAGGACAUGCCUAUGUUGCCCACUGGUCAAGAACUCGAUAACCUUAUAUCACAAGUUCAAGUUCAGCAUUGCUCUAACAAACUUCAUCCAUGCACAGAAAAUUUGUCAAAGAAGCUAUUCCAUAACAGAAAAUUUUCUCUACGAAAUCCUAGAAAAUUAGGUGUCGCAAAAUCGCAAUCUGCAUUGGAUACCAUAAUUAAAAGAUCAAGUCAAGAACAUGGUGAAAAAACGUUUAAUUCAGAAUCUAUUUUGACAGAUGAAACAAUAAAACCAUAUACCGAUUUAGAAAAAAUAAUUAUUCCCACACCAUUACUUAAAUUUAAUGAUUGUAAAAACAGCCCAAAUGUACGAGUAUUAGAUAAAGCAUGGCUGAAGAGAACGACAGGAAUAGAGACUGAAGAAUUAGAGUAUAAUAGCUGUUAUGAAGAAUCCAAGAAAUUUGGUAUUAGAAAUAUAGACAUACCAACCAAAAAUACUUUGGAUAUCGUAGAAAACAGUGAAUCAGAGGAUGAUAUUGCAAUCAGCAAAUUAAAACCAGCGUUAAAGAAAAGAAAAAAAUGCAUAUUUGUGAUUUUGAAAAUCAGGGCAGGCAUAAUGAAACGAUCAACAAUGUUAAAAUAGAUAAUGAAAAACAAUGGUCAACUAAAAAGGAAACCAAUAAACACAAAGUAAAAAAGCAAGUUGGAAAAGUAAACUGUGAAGCAGAAGAUUCUCCACCAGAUAUUAAAGAAUAUGUUCCUUUUGCUCUAGAUAAAGAUAUACUCCCAAGACAUUCGGAAGUACUGAAAAAUAUGAAUACAACUGGUCCUGCCUCUAAAGAUAAAAAACAAGAGAAAGCAGAAAGCUCAGCAAGUGCAGCAAUAACAAAUAAAAUAAAAUUGGGUACUCUAAAUGAUAACUUUGUUAAAAUUAAUAUAGAAAAAAAGGUAUUUGUUAGAGGAAAGAAAAGUAUAAAUUUUUCAAAAUAUAAAAAAC